AUGGAGUCAGAUAAUGAACAGUUUGAGGACGCUUCAUCAAACGCAGCAACAUCGGCAGCACCAUCGAUCACAGCAGCAUCAAGGUUCGUCAUGCCAACAGCAACACCGCAGCAAAACGUCCAGCAGGCUCCUAGCCUUAUACUAUCUGUAUCUACUGUAGCGCAGGACCACGCGUUAAUCCAGAAUAGACCUCAGGAUGAAUCCUCCCUGACGGUCGCGAACAAACCGGCAUCAAACUUAAAAACAAAUCCUUUUUUAAAAGUGCCGGUGACAGCGUCGCAAAAAGUUCAAAAACCACCGGUCAAAUCCCAAGAGGAACAGCGUAACAACCGCGAAAAAAAAGUCUUCGCGACCUUGACCCACAUCAUCGUCGGUUAUCUAGUCUGCUGGGUGCCAUUCCAUUUAGUCUUCGACAUCUCGUCCUUCGGCGACCAGAUCGUCCCGGAUUUCGCCUACAAAUUCGCCUUUUGGCUGACCUACUUCAACUCCACCCUCAAUCCUUUUCUCUACAACUUCAGCAGCCCCGAGUUUCGCAAAGCUUUCAAGGCGGUCGUCACGAGAAAAAGAACUCGCGCUUCUAAAGCAAGUCUGGCCAAUCACGCUUCGCCAAGUCCUGAUUUUCCUUCAGUGUUUGCUUCCAUAGCCUUUGUCCUCAAAGAAAAAUCUGCGCUGCAGCAGUUGUUUGAUUUUGCAGUUGUCUCUCCUUGA